AUGGUGGUGCUCUCCAAGGAGUAUGGUGUGGUGCUCACCGGGGUUGCCAGCAUGGUGAUGGUUGGACACUUGGCGUACAAAGUUGCCAAAGCUCGUAUCAAGUACGAAGUCAAUUAUCCUCAGAUGCACAGUGAUGACCCAGAAAAUGGAAAUAUCUUCAACUGCAUCCAACGUGCACACCAAAACACUCUGGAGUGUUACCCUGCCUUCCUUUUCUGCCUAGCCGUUGGUGGUUUGCAUUGUCCUCGCCUUGUUAGUGGACUCGGUGUAGUGUGGAUUAUCGGUAGGGAAGUGUAUGCGCAUGGGUAUUCCACAGGCGACCCUAGGAAAAGGAUGCGAGGGACAUUUGGAAACUUGGCCAUGCUCGGGAUGAUGUUGACCACCCUCAGUUUUGGCCGGCACCUGCUGGGCUGGACGGCGCCUCCACGAUUGAUACCAGAUCCUGCAGCCUGUGGAAUUCCGGGUUGUUGGUCCGUUGGCGGAACUUGAGGAAGAGGACGACAGAGAUAAUCGCCGUGGUAACGAUGAACACUGACACCAGACCAGCUAACAAGGGGUCGAGAGGGGAGCUGGGGUGAUGGUGGGGUCCCUUUAAGUCUACAUGCCACAGAAAUGAAUGAAAGUAAAUAAAGUGAGUCUGCAAAAUCUGCUUGAUUUCAUUGUUUAAGAAAAAUCACCAUUAACAAUUACCACUGAAAAAGUCAUUAAAAAUAUGCGUGUGUAUAUCAAACAACCAGUAAUAGUAUUUAUGGAUCAUGUCUGUAAAAUUAAACUCACAAUG